AUGGACAAGAAUACUAAAGAGAAUCGUUCUGGAUGCUAUAGUAAUGCUCCCAAGACUCUAAAUUCCAUUGGGGAUGGCCCAAAGCGUGUUCCUGUGCCUCAGCAUUCUGCUCAGAGCCGGCUACAGAGCAGUGGAGUUCAAGCACAACGUGUUCUGUGUCCUUCAAACUUGCCCCAGCGAGUUCCUGUACAGUCACAAAAACCCACACUGACAAACCAAAAACUGUUGAACAAUCAGACAGUGCAGCAGCCUAGGCCAAAAACUCUGGUACAACCAGCUGCUAGGCCUCAGGUUCCAAGCAAGAACACUGAAAAACCUCAACAGGCUCCAGUAUCUGCAAAAAAUCCUGAAGCAGAAAGCACAUCUAAACAGAAAAAUGAAGAGACUGCCAAAAAGAAGAAUGAAGAGACAAAAAAAAGACAGUGGUCUCUUGAUGACUUUGAAAUUGGUCGACCUCUGGGGAAAGGAAAAUUUGGAAAUGUUUACCUGGCACGUGAAAAGCAGAGUAAAUUUAUUCUUGCACUGAAAGUGCUAUUUAAAACACAAUUGGAGGAGGCUGGAGUAGAACAUCAGCUACGAAGAGAAGUUGAAAUACAGUCCCAUCUUAGGCACCCCAACAUUCUCAGGCUGUACGGCUACUUCCAUGAUGUUACAAGAGUCUACCUAAUUCUGGAAUAUGCACCUCGUGGAGAAGUCUAUAAAGAGCUUCAGAAGUUCACCAAGUUUGAUGAGCAAAGAACUGCCACUUACAUCACAGAACUAGCAGAUGCCUUAUCUUACUGUCAUUCAAAGAACGUGAUUCACAGGGACAUCAAACCAGAGAACUUGCUGCUUGGUUCAAAUGGAGAAUUAAAAAUUGCCGACUUUGGAUGGUCAGUGCACGCUCCAUCUUCUAGGAGAACAACUCUGUGUGGGACACUUGACUACCUGCCUCCCGAAAUGAUUGAGGGAAGAACACAUGAUGAAAAGGUGGAUAUUUGGAGCUUGGGGGUGCUAUGCUAUGAAUUCCUAGUAGGGAAGCCGCCUUUUGAAGCAAACACCUACCAGGAAACCUACAGAGCUAUUUCCAAGGUGGAAUUCAAAUUUCCUCCAUUUGUAACAGAAGGUGCAAGAGAUUUAAUUUCCAAGCUUCUGAAGCAUAACCCAUUCCAUCGGAUGCCCCUGAAAGAGGUGCUUGUUCAUCCCUGGCUUACAGCAAACUCUACCAAGGUGCCUAGCAGCAGAAAGAGUGAUGUAGCUGCCACAACCAGAACAUAGUCUUAACAGG